AUGGGACCUCAAGACGAUGUCUCUCUGUCCUUCGAUACGAACCCCAAUCUUACCUUCCCGCAGCAUCGACGGCCACAAGGAGCCCAUCAGCAGCAGCCGAUGCCGUUCCUGCCGCAGCCAGGAAUGGGUCCAGCUGGUGGUCCACCAGGCGGCAACAUGGCGUUUAUGUCCUUCGACAUGAGCAAGCCGAGUGCCUUGGCGCCUCCCCCGCAGGCGGGCCCGCGAUUCGGAGGCCAAUCGCAAUACGACGGCUCUGGCGGGCUGUUCGGCCAGAACUCGUUUGAAGACGAGCUGCCGCUGCUGGAAGAGCUCGGAAUCAACAUCCCUCAGAUCCUCAGAAAGACAGCUUCGGCUUUAAACCCCAUCCGAAUCAACGUCGACCUGUAUGAUGACGGGGACCUCUCCGGCCCGCUCAUCUUUUGCGUGCUCUUCGGCCUCUGCCAGCUCAUGCACGCCAAGGUGCAUUUUGGGGUGGUGCUCGGGUGGUCCGUGGUGGCAUCAACGUUCAUCUACACCGUUUUCAACCUUCUCGUGGGAGCGAGGUCAGCGCAGGCAGGGCUGGACCUGUAUCGCUGCUGCUCCAUCUUCGGAUAUGGGCUGCUGCCCAUGGUGCUCUACUCCGCUGUUUCAGUCUUCUUCCCCCGCAGGGGAAUUUUAACAGCAGUGGCAGCAGCGGUGACCAUAGUGUGGUGCACGCGAACAGCAGCGUCUCUCCUGGUGGCCAUUGUCCCACAAGCAGACGAUGUGCGAGCACUCAUUGCCUUCAUGUGCAUCGUGACCUACUUCUGCGUUGCCCUCCUGGUGUUGUUUUGA